CAUCUCCGAGGAGAAGCAGUGCAACCGUGCGAGCAGGAAAUUGCAUCUCGCUAAACCGCAAAGCUUUCAAUUUCCUCUGCUGAACUUACCCGCGCUCCGGCAAUUACUGGUUCCGGACUUCCAGUCCCGAUUCCCGGAUGUCUACCUGGUUAACCACUAAGUAACGAUCACCCGAACCAGUAACCCGAAAAUUUCUUGCUUAUUCUCUCUAAACGCAUACAUACACGCAUCGUUUCUUUGGAACACCAAAAGGGUUCUCUUUGAUCAACCGUUCUCCAACACCAUAUUCAGAGACUAUGGAACUUCAAGAUCUUCAAGAAUCCGUCAACAUCAAGAUGAUUCAGAGCGGCGAGAAAGAGAGAUUAAAGGACCUUUUAAGGGAACGCCUUGCAGAAUGCGGUUGGGAGGAUGAAAUGAGAGCUCUUUGCAGGGGAUUUAUGAGGAAUAAAGUUACCAACAGUGUAAAACUGGAUGACCUGAUAAACGAAAUUACCCCAAAAGGCAAAGAAACUGUGCCUGAUAAUGUGAAGGCUGAGCUGUUGCAACGGAUCAGAUCUUUCAUCGCAUAUGCUGUUUGAUAUUGUUUAAGUAGGUAGCUCAAAAACUAUAGUCUAGUUUCGUGUAUAAAUAGCGUAUUUCAACUCCCUGCAUUCUGGCAUGCAGGCACGUUUGAAGGACUGCAUUUGCAUUGAUGUAGCAGACUAUAGAUAGUAGAUUUGUUUUGUUUAAUGUUUAGAAAUCGCAGUUGACUUAAGAAUGGAGGCUGUCUCUGCAUUGAGCAGCAUAAUAGCUUAGUUUGUCAUUCAUUACAUUGUUCCACAAGGAGUGGACUUUGCAAUUUUGAAUCUCUAAUUUUUUGUCCUCCAAAUGAUCUUAACAUCUAUUGUAAUACAUUCAGUAACCGGUA